GCGAGAUUACAAAGUAUGUAGAACGGUUCCUUCAAUUUUCAGAUUCGUUUUGCGAAUUAUGACUUAUAUCCAACGAUUCAAUUGUAAUACAAGCCUGUCUUUGCGUUCCGUCAUCUAGAGACGAAGCAUGUCAAACAUGGAAUGGAUUUCACGUUCCUUGUUGUUUUGUUUGCUAGGUAAUUCUCCUUGCUACUUCGUAAUUUUCCCAUUAAGGUCAAUUCUCAAUGAAAUGAAUCUCUUGUGAAUUCAUACCUUUAGUGCAUGAUGGACCGAUUCUUGCUUCAAUCUUGUUCCUCAUACCAGUUAUCUAGUGUAAACAAUAUCGAAAGCACCAGCAAGGGCUCGAGUUUCACCUAACAAACUUUUUCAAGCAUCUUUAAAAUCUAGUUCUUUCUUUAUCGGCUUGUUUUUCCUUGCUGCCAACUACUGUCUUUAGUCCUUUUUUGAACCGGGAGUAAUAUGAUAUCGUAGUAAUUUCUCGAAAUGGCAAACUGGUUGAGAUCCUAUCCAAGCAGGUCGGUUCCAAAUUAAAGAGUUAGAAUUGACUGAAAAAGAAUUCAACGAGGUAUCCAAAUUUUCCUUUUGUACUUUUGAAUUAUUUUUUCUUUUGAACUGAGACAUUACAUACUCAUUUCUGCAGUCGCUUUCAAGACUGGAUCCUAGAAUAUAUCAUUAAAGCGCAGCGCAGCAUGUCAGAAGCGACAAAGAUCGAACCGAGUAGAGAAAAACAAAACUGUGAACGUAUCAAGAAAGCUCUCUUGUCAGACUCACCAAUUCUCGUCUUUUUGAAAAAGUCUUUAAAAUAUCUAAAUUCCGGUCUUGAUGCAUCCGAUAUUCGGUGUGAACCCUGUGAUGAAACGAGCUCAGGCGGGUACGUACCAGGAAAAGGAAUUGUACUAUGCGAGAAUCGACUUUACAGCCGAAAAAUGGCUGAAAACACAAUAGCUCAUGAAAUGAUUCAUAUGUUUGAUGACGGUCGUUUUCACGUCAAUUGGAACGAUUUGCGCCAUCAUGCAUGCUCUGAAAUUCGUGCUAGUAGCCUCAGCGGUGAAUGCCGGUGGACAAAAGAAUUGUUUUAUGGCAACAUUGAUACAUUUCGAAAGCAUCAUCAACAUUGCGUAAAACGGAGAGCAGCUCUUUCUGUCCAAGGUAAUCCUAACUGCCAAAGCAAGCAUCAAGCAGAAAUGAUUGUUCAGGAAGUAUUUGCUUCAUGUUUUCGUGAUACCAGACCUUUUGAAAAAAUUUAUUAAUCCUCAAAACCAUUUUUUCAACUUUGCAAAUUUUGCUUUUUGGAGUUAGUAGUCUUUUGACUGCCUCAAAUUAAAAAAGUAUCCCUCUAUUUCUCUCCAUCACUUCAAAAAAAAAGAGUUUUUUCUUACAUCCUUCUUUCCUCUCUCUCUCUCUCUCUCUUUAUACCAUCAAGUCCCCUUCACUUUCAUUUCCACCUUUCCUCCCUUCGCCUUUUAUUACAAACCUUGAAAUAUAAUGCUCAUCUCCACCAUAGAUAUACGUCUAUAUAAACACCGAAAUACAAGCUCUCAUUGAAAAAGUAUCAAAAAUCAUUAUUAAAAAUUCGAAUAUUAAUGUGAUCAAGGAAA